GUCUGUCAGACAUAACUAAGUAGUGAAAGUAUUUUUUUUAUUUAAUUUUGAGUAUAAUGUUUUGCAUUAAUUAAUAAAGAAAAAAUUCGCAUAAUAAAAGUAAACAAAAAAUAUUAGUGAAUUGUGAAAAAAUGGAGAUACAUUUAAAUUUGUUUUUAUUAUGUAAUAUCUUAUUGAUAUUACCUUGCUUUUCUGAGAAUAAUCAUAGUGCUACUAGUAAGAUUGAUGAAAUAAAAAAUUAUACAAUUAAAAAUUCUUUUGCCUCAGAGCUAAAGGAAAAUUUUACAAUAGAUAUAUUAAAAGAGAAGUUAGCAGAAUCGGAAAAUGCUACCUCGAAACCUAGUAAUAUUAAAGCAAGGAAAAAAGUUGAAUUAGUCGAAACAACUAAUAAAAACACGUCAAACAGCACCAUUAAUGUCAAUGAAAAGAAUCUAAUGUACAAAAACUUAAAUGAAACCAUAUCAAGGCCAAAAAAUUCAAGCGAAAAUUCAUCGAAACAUUCUGUAGAAAGCAUACAGCAAACUAAAUUUAAUAAAACUGAAACAAACCAUAAAAAUUCAACAGAAAUUAAAAACAGUUCAAGUGAUGGUAAAGAAAAAAUUUCUUCCACUACAAUUAAAACAAUUCUGAAUAAAGAAAAAAAUACAACAAAGACUAAUUCACAAACGAUUAACCUUGAAGGUGGAAGCGAAAUUCUUUUAAAUAGCAAUAAUAAAAGUUUGGUAGAUAACAAAAAGAAUUUAAAAGUUAAUUCUACAAAGUUAAAUCCAAUUUCUACUUCAACAACUACUAUAAAUCCACCAGCAAAAUCAACUAUAGUUAAACCAUCUAAUACUAAAAUUAAUUAUAAUAGCACAAUCAAUGGGAAUACGACGACAAAUAACAAUAAAGGAAUUAGUACUUCAACAUCUACAUCUACAACAACGUCAACUACGACAACAACAACAACGACGACGACAACAACAACAACAACUCCUAAGCCAAAAAAACCUAAAAUAACAUAUAGUCAAGAAGAUGUUCCAGCCAUUGGCUUAUAUGCCAAUAAACUUGAGAAAAACGAACAUAGUAAAUUAUCUAUUUCAGGUGCAAUUGAAGAACCGAUUGUUCAGCCAGUUAAAGAAGAUUUACAUGGAAAUCAUCGUGAUUACAUACUUCCAAUUGUUGCAUUUAUAUUUGCUGUUCCAAUUCUUAUGGGUGCUGCUAUCAUCAGUUAUCGUCGUAUUAAAGAUUACUGGUCAACAAGACAUUAUAGGCGAAUGGAUUUCUUAGUUGAUGGUAUGUACAAUGAAUGACAAAAUACAAAAUAUCAUUAUAAGAAACGUAAUUCAAUUACGAAUAAUUGUAACGAAAAUAGAAUAGAUGAUAAAGGAGAGAAUUUUAAUUAUUUAAAGAAAACAUGUCAAUUGCCAAAUAUAAUGAAAUGAAAGACAUUUGAAAAAUCAAACUUUACAUUAUUAUCUUUUUUUUUUUUAAUAUUAUUUAAUUAGGUUUUGUGAGCGAUUGUUGCGGGAAAAAUCAUUUAAAAUGAACCCAUUUUCACAAAGUUAAUAUUAUAUACAUAUAUGUAUAAAUAUAUUUUUCUAUAAUUUAUUAUAAAAGAGAAUAACUCUUAUUAUUUACUUAUGUUAAUUUUUUCUUUCAAUAUUCAUUAUACGUCAAAAUGAUAAAAUUUGCAAAGUUCAAUUGAAGUUCUUAUUGUAUUAAAAAUUAUGAUGAACUAUUUUAAGUCUAAAAUAUAAUUUGUACAUUCCAAAUGAAAUAUUUUUUUCGUUCCUAUUUAAUAAUUAUUAUGCAUGAAAAGUGUUUAAU